GGACGCUAAUAAUCUUAGAGAUGCUCUUAAGUACUCAGCUCAGAUGCUUUCCGAGCUCCGGACGUCGAAGCUGUCGCCUCACAAGUACUACGAGCUCUAUAUGCGAGCGUUUGAUGAGAUGAGGAAGCUGGAGAUGUUCUUCAAGGACGAGAGCAGGCAUGGAGUUUUGGUCGUCGAUUUGUAUGAGCUUGUACACCACGCAGGCAACAUAUUGCCUAGACUGUAAGUUCUUACUUACCAGUGCCUGUGUUGGGGUAAUUCAACUGUUGAAGCUCGUCUUAGAAUAAAUUUGAAUUUCGCGAGCGCUAGUAUAGUGGAUUGUGAAGCUGAAACGUGGUAUUCGUUACCAGGUAUCUACUCUGUACGGUUGGAUCAGUGUAU